AUGCAUCAUGCAGAAGCAGAAGGCGGCGAUGACGACAAUACUUUGGCGAACAACUCACGAGCAAUGACUAGAAGCACGCGUUCGCUUAGAAGCUCGCAUGCAUCUGUUCAUGGCCAAGGAUCAGCCGUCUCAGAGCAAGUGCCAGUCCGCCAGCAUGAGACUGCAGGAAGCAGGAAGCGAAAUCGUUUCGAAAGCGAAGACGAGCUAACAGGGCCUGCGAAACAUCCCAGGACACGAACGUACUCUGCUACCGAGGUGGAGAACUGGGAAACUGUCUUCAUAGGGAUAGCAUCUCGUCUGGACCCUGAGGCCGUACGUACCUUACUCGAUGAUAGUAAAUCUCAGAUCAAACGGCAGCGCAGCAGAAUUGCCCAGUUGAGGGCGCUAAUUCAACAGGAGCGAGAUGUUCAUCAAGGGUUUGAGGAAAAUCAGAAAGAAAGAUAUGCAGCACUUGAAAAAGACUUCAGGGCCCACAAGAACAAAAUGGCUUCUAUUCUUACAGCCAAUGUUGAGGCUUUCGGUCCCAAGAUAUCAGAUGACACCAUUGUUGGAGAGUGGAAACAACUCUGUUAUAAAAAAGAGGUAUUUGAGAGAGAUUUUGGGGAGAUUAUUAAGCAAGCAGCAAAUCUUCAUCUCGCCAUGAUGAGGUCAAAGGCUAUCUUCGUCGUGCAGUGGGCCGGAAACGAUAGUGGAGAAGACGAUUGCAGAUACGAUCCGGAGACGAUGAUACCUUUGCAAGAUGAGGUCAAUGCUACUUCAUCAAGCCACGCCGUUGAUAUAAAUGAGUCUCCGGGCGUCUGGAAGAUUGGAAAUGCAGACGGAGAGAACUUCGAUUCUGUCAUGGUUCUAUGCAAGUCCGUGGUGGUCGUCAAAGAACAGAAAACAACAGUAGUCUUAGAAUGA